UCGGUUCUCGCAUUGAACCGCUGUCUUCGUAGCUCUCCGCUCUCUCUUGGCUCGCGCGUCCGGUCGGCCGCCACCUCCGUCUUCCCAGCUUGUUCUCCCGUUGCACGGUCUCCAGGAUCAUGAAGGUCGCCAGUGGCAGCGCCGCGUCCGCCGCGGGCCCCAGCUGCGCGCUGAAGGCCGGCAAGACGGCGGGCGGCGCGGGCGAGGUGGUGCGGUGCCUGUCGGAGCAGAGCGUGGCCAUCUCGCGGUGCGCGGGGGGCGCCGGGGCGCGCCUGCCCGCCCUGCUGGACGAGCAGCAGGUCAACGUGCUGCUCUACGACAUGAACGGCUGCUAUUCGCGCCUCAAGGAGCUGGUGCCCACCCUGCCCCAGAACCGCAAAGUGAGCAAAGUCGAGAUCCUCCAGCACGUCAUCGACUACAUCAGGGACCUACAGCUGGAGCUCAACUCCGAAUCCGAAGUCGGGAACCCCGGGGGCCGGGGGCUCCCUGUUCGCGCUCCGCUCACUACCCUCAAUGGCGAGAUCGGUGCCCUGGCGGCUGAGGCGGCGUGUGUUCCGGCGGACGAUCGCAUCUUGUGUCGCUAAAGCGCUGCUCUCUGGGACAGUUGGACCCCAGCCCUCCAGGAGGCAAGAGGAAUAUGUGCUCUCCGUCCUCCCUAAACGCUGCGCCCGGAGUCGGGGUGGCCAUUGCCCUUGCCGGAUUCGGGCCCAGAGCUGGGGAAAACAGACGACGAGGGCAGGCCGAAUGCCUCUUCUCACUUACCAUCUCUCAGAGACUUGGGGGGGGGGGCAUGCCUCUCCCCCUCCGUGUGUUUCUAUUUUUUGAAAAGCAUUUUGAAAAAUGGUCACGUUUGGUGCUUCUCAGAUUUCUGAGGAAAUUGCUUUGUAUUGUAUAUUACAAUGAUCAUGGACUGAGCAUAUUGUUUUACAAUAGUUCUGUGGGGGGGGUGGCUUUUUUUGUUGUUAUUAAACAAAUACUUUAGUGGAAA